CCGCCACAACACCUGCCACGUACCACCGUAGCUGUCACGCUCUCAGUCACUCUCUCCCUCUCUCUCUCCGUCUUUCUUCAAAACUGAAAUUUGGUAUCUAUCCAUGGCUCUGUUGUUUGAAAAUGGAUGCUCACAGUCUCGUCGCCUCGGCAGCAAUCAACAUAGGCUUGGCUUUGAUAAUCCUCUCACUUUUCUCCGUCUUGAAGAAACAGCCUUCCAAUGCCCCUAUCUACUACGCUCGUCGUCUCUCCAAACGACAACACGUUCCCUUCCAUCACUCACUCACUCUUUCGCGGUUCCGCCCUUCGAUUUCUUGGAUUCCUCGCGCAUUUCGCUUCUCCGAAGAUGAAAUCCUCCACAUCGGCGGCCUUGAUGCUCUUGUCCUCAUCAGACUAUUCAAGUUUGGUAUCAAAUAUUUUGCGGUCUGCUCUGUUGUUGGAGUUACAAUACUUGUUCCAAUAAAUUAUUAUUCGCCGGAGGAGCCAACAAAAAUCAACCAUUCCAUGGAUUCUUUUUCAAUAUCGAAUAUCAAGAGAGGCUCCAACUGGCUAUGGGUCCAUUUUGCAUGCCUGUGGUUUAUAUCUUUAUAUGGAUUAUACCUACUGUAUAAGGAAUAUGAUGAGAUCUUGGUUAAAAGGAUGCAACAACUUCGGAACAUCAGAGAUCAUCCUGAUCAGUUCACUGCUCUUGUUAAGGAAAUUCCCUUGUGCAGUGAACACAAUGCUUAUGGUUGCAAUGUUGACCACUUCUUCUCUAGAAAUUAUCCUUGCAGUUAUCUAUCUUAUCAAAUACUAUAUGAUGGAAAAGAUAUUGAAGUAUUGUUGGAACGGGCAAAGUAUAUUUUAAGAAAGAUAAAGGACUUACGAGAGAGGUCUAAGAUCAAGAAAUCUAACAAAGGUUCCUUGCUCUUGGAUGCAUCUCAGAAGGAUGUGCUGGAAAUAUCCGUCCAGGAGGAAAUGUUUCAAGCACUUCUAAGUAAAGUUCAUCAAUUGCAGAGUGAAGACAUGCUUAAAAAAAGGGAGUUGCCUGUUGCCUUUGUUACAUUCAAGUCCCGGUGGGGAGCUGCACUUGCUGCUCAAUCACAGCAGCACUCAAAUCCAACUCUAUGGACAACUGAGAUGGCUCCAGAACCAAGGGACGUAUCAUGGAGGAAUCUAGCAAUCCCAUUUAAAGUUUUGUUGCUUUACAGAACUGGAGUUGUCCUUGCAGCAUCACUUCUUACGAUAUUCUUCGCUAUUCCAGUUACAGCGGUGCAAGGAAUAGCCAAGUUUGAGAAACUGAAAAAGUGGUUCCCGCCAGCCAUUGCGAUUGAGCUGAUACCAGGAUUAAGUUCUAUAGUGACAGGCUAUCUUCCAAGUGCCAUUCUGAAAGGAUUUAUUUACAUUGUGCCAUUCACAAUGCUGGCCAUGACAAAAGUUUCUGGUUCUGUCUCAAGGAGUAAGGAGGAGCUAAAGGCCUGUAGCAUGGUGUUUUAUUUUCUUGUGGGAAAUGUAUUCUUUUUAAGCUUGAUAUCAGGGUCGUUACUCGAUGAAAUUGGAGCAUCCUUUGCUCAUCCCAAGGAUUUUCCCAGUCAUCUCGCUAGUGCUGUUUCUGCACAAGCAGAUUUCUUUGUGACAUACAUCUUGACAGAUGGGCUGUCAGGUUUUUCUUUGGAGAUUCUGCAGCCUGGCUUACUUUUAUGGGAUGGCAUGAUGUCAUGUAUAUAUGGCCGAGGAACAGAGAAAAAUCCUUAUCUUUAUUCAUUACCCUACUUUAGGGCCGUCCCCUUCGCCUCGUUGUCAUUUCUUAUUGGUAUGGUAUAUGCCAUUGUUGCUCCGUUGCUGCUUCCAUUUCUUGUGGGCUACUUCUGUCUUGGCUACAUUGUGUACAUUAAUCAGAUUGAAGAUGUAUAUGAAACUACUUAUGAGACAUGCGGUCGGUAUUGGUCAUACAUUCAUCAUUAUAUUUUAUUUGGAAUCAUUCUCAUGCAAAUCACUAUGAUUGGUCUUUUUGGCCUGAAGUCAAAGCCAGCGGCUUCUCUAGCAACAGUUCCACUCUUAUUAUUCACUAUAAUGUUCAGCGAAUACUGCAAGAUCCAUUUUCUUCCUUCGUUUCGUCAUUAUCCCAUCCAGAAUGCGGUAGAAAAUGAUGAACUUGAUGAGAAGAAUGGUCGAAUGGACUUCAACUCCAAAAAUGCAAUCAAUUCCUAUCUCCCACCUUACUUACGACCCAAUGAGUUGAUGGAUUCAGAGUUGAGGUUUACACAACCGUUACUUUCUGCCGUCUGAUAUCAGUUUCUUCAACUCUUCAUUCCUUUUUUUUGUGAAUUUUGGACGAUAUGAGGCAUAUUGUUGUAUGAACAAUACCCGGCCACAGCUGCUAGUUCUUCCAUACAAGGAGCUUUGCUUUUUUACACCACUUCUCUGGGUCUAUUUCUGGAUGUUGUUCUCUGUUAUGCGUAUUCUACGAUCAAUUAAUUUUUUUUUUAAACGUGGAACUCACCCAGCUGACCACUAGACAAAAGACAAAGUAAA